AUGGACAAUGGAGCCCAGCGUCGUGGUCCCAUCACGCCGGCUUAUGACAUUGCGGCCAAGAUUUUGCUGAUUGGGGAAGCAGGCGUGGGAAAGACUCAUCUGAUCCUCCGUUACGUGGACAAUAUCUUUGAACCGCAGCUUGUCAAAGUUACAGUUCAACCUGACGUUAAGAGCAAAGAUCUCACCGUGCACGACAAAAAAGUUCGCCUGAGAAUUUGGGAUACAGCUGGUUCUGAGCGAUUUCGCGCUAUAAAUCGAUCUUUCUUCCGAAAUGCCCUUGGAGUUAUUGUUGUUUAUGACGUGACUGACAAAAAUACCUUUGCCAAAGUCAAGAGCUGGAUUGAAGAAGUGGACGUCAACUGUGACAAGCAACCGGUCGUGAUUCUGGUUGGCAACAAGACAGAUCUGGCAGAGCAGCGACAAGUCUCGACGCAGGAAGGACGCGAGCUGGCAAAACGGCAUAAAAUGAUGUUUAUGGAAGCAAGUGCAAAGACACGCGAAAACGUUAACGAUGUAUUUUUCGAAUUGUCGGAAAAGAUACUCGAGAAUCCGGAACUGUUCGAUUCUGCGUCUCGUCGCUCGCAAGGAGUCAACCUCGAGCGCCAGGAAGACAACAACUUGGUCUCUUGGAUUUCAGGAACUCUCUCUUCGUUUUGCAACGUUCUGUAA